UCAGUCAGCAGGCAGCACUGUGUGUUUUAAGAGAGCACUGCUGGCUGAAACAAUGGUGCCUGGUGGUUCACCCCAGCAGUCCCUGAAAAGUGUUAUAGAAAGCUUGAUAACUUGGACGAGUCUCAAAAUCAGUAAGGCACCUCCUGAAGAAAAGCUUGCUCAGAAAAAUAAGGACAUCUUCAAUAUUGUCAUGACUCCUGAUCGCAUCCCUAAAUUUUUCAUCCCUUCUCUGGACAUAGAGCACAUUUCCUUCCAGCAGGAGCCAGAGGAAGACAGCACAGAGAAGUCUCCUGAGACAGGAGUCUCUGAUGAAAUCGUUCAGAAGCGCAGAACUACCAGAAGCAAAUCUGAAUCCUACAUCAGGAAAGAAACAAUGUGCAAAGGAGAGAGUCUGGACAGAAGAGGAACCCUGUGCUUCACAGAACAAAUUACCUUCCCUGAAGACCUGGAGAGAGCUGCAGAUCAUUGUGACCCGGCAACCAGAGCUGCUUUCUCUUUGCCCCACCUCUCCAGAUUCACUACCCCCUACGGGUUUCUCACACUGGGAGAAAGCCCCAACACCAGGAGAAAAGAGUCUCUCUUUUUUCAGCAUGAUUCUGAAGAGCUGAGAAUCCUCCUGUCCCAAAGGAAGAAGACCACAUCUCUGGCAAGGGCCUUGUCCAGCCCUUUCAGUGAAAUUCAGCAGAGCGUGGAGACCACAAGACCUUCAGUUGCCCCUUUUAAGAGCAGGCAGGCGGUUUCGUGGGAGUCAGUCUGCAAAAGACAGGUUCCUCCUGUCUGCUGCAAGCCAGACUGUGAGCCACAGCCCUUGAAAGGGGAGAAGAAGAGGUUUCAGGUGACAUUGAAGAGACACCUGGCCAGCAUCAAGCGGAUGAGAUCUGGCAGUGGGAUGAACUGGCUCUGCUAAGCCACUGACAGCUGUCCUGGCUCUUAAGCCUGUGAAAAUUUGAAUGGGACAGUCUUUCACAGAGGUGUGCAAACGUGAGUGUGUAGCAAAUUUUCAGCGUUGCAAGCUCCUGGAAAAGGCUAGACAAACAACCUGACAGAACUUGGUUAUGCUUGGCACAUUGACUGCAUCUUCUGUUUCUUAAAGUCAUACCCAGCAGAUUUGAAUCCUUUACAAGGCGAGCAAAGACAGGACUAACUGAAACAAACCAUUUUCCAAAGGAAAGGCUAUAUUUUCUGGUCAUACCUGUAUAGUCUGUGAGGAGGAAGGAGAUUAUUUUACAUCAAAAGCAAACUAUAGAGAAAGAAAAUGUUGUCUUUUAGGGUAGCAGUAUUGGUUUCAGAAUGACGCCAAAACCAAAAUGAAGAAUCAUGCUAGGUAGUCAGGUAAAAAUUGUGAGCUUUUUGUUAUUUCUAAUAUUAGAAUGUAAAUGAAAACCAAUUAAGAGUUAAUUUGUCCUGGGGUGUUUACAGCAGGCACUUGCAAACAGCCAUUCAUAACUUCUGACAGGAAUGUGGUGGCUGAGAGGGGAUACCAAGCUCCUGCUUGCUAAUGACUGUGCAUAGUAAACUAUUCUCUGCAUUUAAAAAAUGUGCUUAUUUUAUCACUUCUGUAGUUAAUCAUUCAACACGCUCUGAAUUAGGGGGGACAUGGUAUAAUUUGUUCACCCCAUUAGCAGUGUCAAAGCGUAGCACUAUUUUGUUUAUCUACUGUC